AUGAAACUGAAAGUAAAGUGAAAAAUAGGAUAAGGAACAGUGACGGAGAUGGCUGCCAGUAAACACUUCUUAACCCUGGCCGAGGAUUUAACCUGCUCCAUCUGCCUGGCUCUGUUUGUGGAGCCGGUGCGGCUGGACUGUGAUCACAACUUCUGUAAAUCCUGUAUCCAGAAGUGUUGGGGAAAGCAGAGUCAGGCUGUGUCCUGUCCGGAAUGUCAAGUGGUUUUCCCUCAGAGAAGUUUCAGCAGCAACAGGGUGUUGGCCAAUCUCGUUGAGAAAGUUCGACAGCUGAAGGUGGAGGAGAGUCUGUCUCCCUGUGAGGAACACGGGAAGAGGCUGAAUGAGGACACAGAGAGGGAGCAGUCUCACUGUGAGGAACACGGGGAGAAGCUGAUGCUGUUCUGUGAGGAGGAGGAGAUUCUGAUCUGUGCCGAAUGUGUCGAUUCUCCCGCACAUUCAGACCACAGGUUCCUGCCGAUACAGAAGGCAGUUCGAACGUACAAGGACCAGCUGAAAUCAUCGUUGGAUUCCAUGGAGAAUGAAAAGAAAGAUAUCAGUGAAUUAAAACAGCAGCAGGCGAGGAAGAUUUCCGAACUGGAAGAAUUCACUGGAUCCCUGGAACAAGACAUCUCUGCACAGUUUGCUAAAAUCCAUCAAUAUCUUGAAGAGAAAGAGAAAGAUUUAAUCAAAGAGCUGAGGAGACAAAAGGAGGAAGAUCUGCGACCAAUGGAGGAGAACCUGAAAAGAAUUGAAGAGGAACUGACGUCACUUGAGGAAAAGAUAUUGAACCUUUGUGUAGACAUCGAGCAGCAAGAUGAUAUCCCUUUUCUUAAGGAGCUGAAAAGAUUGGGAGAAAGCUAUGGGUUAAAGACGAGGAAGUGGGACAUGCUGAGAAUGUUUGGGGUGAAGCAGACAGCAAGAAAAUCUAAGAUCCAGAUGAAGACAGCACUGGAGCUUCAAAGAUCGAAAUACACAGGAUUUCAAGGCCCGUUACUCUACACAGUGUGGAAGAAAAUGAAACAGAUCAUCUCGCCAGUUCCAGUCUCACUGACCCUGGACCCAAACACAGCGCAUUGUAAACUUGUCCUGUCUGAUGACUGGACCAGUGUGAGAUUCAGUAACAAAGUGUUACAGGUUCCUGAUAAUCCGGAGAGAUUUGACUUGGUUGAAUGUGUUCUGGGGUCACAAGCAUUCUCAUCAGGGAAACACUACUGGGAGGUGGAGGUCGGAGACAAGACUGUGUGGGCAUUGGGUGUGGUGACAAGAUCAGCCAGUAGGAAAGGAAGAAUAACAGUUGAUCCGAAAUAUGGUUACUGGCUUCUGCAGAGAAACAGGGAUGAAUAUAAAGCUUUUGAAAACCCAUCAGUCAUCCUGACCCCAAGUGUAAACCCCAGGACCGUCAGAGUUUACCUGGACUAUGAGGGAGGACAGUUGACCUUUUACAAUGCUGAUGACAUGUCCAAUCUCCACACUUUCACUGACACAUUCACUGAGAAACUCUUCCCUUUUUUCUAUCCUGGAAUACAAGAAGAGGGUAAAGAUGCUGCUCCUCUUAAACUGUGCCAUUUUGAACCAUAGGUUCCUAAUCUGAUGCAUUAGAAUAUUCCACAUCUAACACACUAACUGUGAGACAUAGAAAUAUAGAUACUAGGAGCAGGAGUAGGCCAUUUGGCCCUUCGAGCCUGCUCCGCCAUUCAUUAUGAUCAUGGCUGAUCAUCCAACUCAAUAGACUGCUCCCGCUUUCUCCCCAUAUCCUUUGG